AUGGAGAGCUCGAGAAGUAAGAAUCAUAAUAAUCUGGGGGUGAACAGAACUGGUCAGAGCAUCAGAAAAAACCAUUCACAUGAAAUCAACUCUGACGCUUCCCUUCGUUUUAGACGUCGUCAACAUGAUGGUUUGAUUUACCAUGUAAGCAAGGAAGAAUUCGCGGACUUUGUUAUGAUGAACACCGGAUUACAUUCUCAUGAUCAUCCACCAUUGCUACAUGUUCAGAGGCCACCAAGGCAAGAAAAUCAUUCCCCAAUUCCUUCCAAUAACAAUGUUGCAUUGCAAAGACCUUCUCCAUCUAUACAAGCAUCAUCAAGUCUUUUGGAGCCGGUAGUUCCAAGAUACACCAUGUGGGGUAAUCCAGUUGAGUCACUAUCAUCUGCCAACAAAAGAUACUCAGAGAAUUCAACGACAGAUAUUGGUUCAUGGGAUAAGCAAGCUCAACCUCAACCUCAUCCACAACCUUACCCUCCUAUUCCAUAUAGAUCGUGCAAUAUGCAGCCUAAUCAUCCAUUUUCAUCUCAAUUACCUAUCAAUUCUUGGGUGCCUAUGCUACCUUCUUCCUCAUCUAAUAGCCAUACUUAUCCUAUGCAUGUUGCAACUAAUCCACAAGUGCCCAAUAUGAAUGGUGGUUUUGAUUCUCAUGUUCCUACCAUGAAUAAUGUUAAUACUAAUCCAGUUGUGGAUAACAUGUAUUUUGCAACAAAUCCCCUUAUGCCCACUAUGAGUGUUUCAUCUACUCAUCCACAUGUGGCUACUGUACGUGUUGAUACUUAUCCACCUGUGUCUUCUAUGAGUGCUGCUGCUACUCAUCCACCUGGGGCUAAUAUCAAUUCUGUUACUCAUCCUGAUGUGCCUUCAUAUGUUUCCAACCCAUUUGUGCCUAAUAUUCCUUCCACCGAAUCAAAUGGUCAUCCAAUUUUACCAUCUCCAACAUCUGAGUUCAUUUUUCCUUCUUCACCACCUAAUUUCAUGAAUCAACAAUCCCCUCAGUCCUGUUAUCCACCUUUAUCACCUGGAAUGCAGUUUACAUAUUCUUUAACCGAUUUUCCUUUAUCUCCCAAUUCACAAUCGUGGAUUACAGAGCCUUUGAUUUUUCCAGGACAAUUUCCACCAUCACCAUCAGAGUUUCCUCCCAUCGCAAGUCCUGAAAGGGGAGAUCAGUAA